AUGCCCGCUAUAUCUAGCGCCGAUAACGACGAGGAGGAAGAGGAGUGGAUUAACCGUCAAUUAACGAAAAAAGAGUAUUGGGAAGUUGCGAUCAAUAUAUAUACAUUUGUCUACGGAGCUACCUACAGUCUACCACCCCGCGCACAGUCCAGCCCAGCGCUGCACCUACACCCGGCGCUGGACCGGGUAUACGGUCUAGUACGCUACUACCCCGACCCCGACCCGGGAUUAUAUUACACCAACGUACCGUACCGUGCCGCACCGCUUCCCGGCGGCCGGCGCUAUACGCCGGUACUAGAUGCGAUAUAA